AUGCCAGGGUCGGGAACUCAACAAGGCUCCGUCCCAUUAGCCGACAAUGAGCUCACCAGUUCUCUUCUCACUUUCCCUAAGUUAUACCAGCGAGCCCCCAGCAACCCUUCCGGCACUGGCCAUUCUGAUUUGGCCCCCUCCUCCGCUACCACAACCCAGGCAGCUGAAUCACCUGCCACAGCUCGCGCCAUGGAAUACACAGGUGCCUGGAAACCCAGCCUCGAGCGCAGCCAUCAGAGCUGGUCUGUUCAAGAGUUCAAGCAUGAAGUUCAGCUCCGGGAAGCUGCUGUGCCAGAAGAUCGUAUCGCAGAAGCACCCAGCAAGGGUUUGCCGCUGGGGUUUAGUGAGGUGCGAUAA